AUGGCAACGAGACGCGGCCCGGGCGGGGAGGCCGUGGAGGGGGCCGGGCGCUGCGAGUUGUGCGGGGCCAGGGCGCGGCGCCGCUGCCGCCGCUGCCGCCGCGCCCGCUAUUGUAGUGAAGAUCACCAGCAAGCUGACUGGGUUGGUAUCCACGAGCUGAUAUGCCAGCUGCUGGUCCCCACCAGCACAUCCCUCUCUGCUCCUCUUUCUGACAAAGAGAGAAAGCAUCACACAGAGCAGCUGCUGAAGAGGCAGAAGCUGAUCCUGGGCCUGGCAAGCAGCAGAGCCCAGCAGCUGGUGCUGGAGGGCAAGCCCAAGGAGGCUGAGCCUGCAGCUCUGUGUGCCCUGCGCUUCAGCACCCAAGUGUACGGCUCCGGCUCCGUGCAGCUGGUGCCUGCUUACAUCACCUUGGCCGAGCUCUGCAGGGACGGUGGUGACCUCCAGCAGGCAGCCAAGUAUCUAAGCCAAGCCCACUGGAUUGUCCUCAGCACCCCAGGCUGCAGUGCUGCCCUCCAGGCUCUGCUCUGUCGCCAUCUGGGGCUUCUCUGUGCUGCCCAAGGAAGCUUUGAGCAGGCUCUGUACCACCUGAGCCAUGAGGUCUACCUCACAAGUUCCCUGUUUGGACCAAGAUGUGUUGAGGCCUCUGGAGGGUACUUCCACAUGGCCAAUGUUUACCUUCAGCAGAACAAACUGGAGGUAGCAGACUCUCUCUAUGCCAAGGUAAGCAGCCUCUGGCAUGGCUUUCUGGUGAGGUCACUGCAGGCACAGCCGAGAAAUGCCAGGUCACAACCGGAAAUGUCUGCGCUCAGCGAGGCCGAGGGAGCCCCUCUGACUGCAGCCCAGCAAGCAGAAGGGGUCUGGCUGCUGACAGCAGUGUUGGGCAUCCGCGGGCAGGACCCCAUGCAGAAGCCCGAGGAGACUGCCAGGACUCUGCAUGCUCUUGCCAUGCUCCACUACCUGGCACAGGACUUUCCAAAGGCACAGGAGGUGGGGAUGCAAGCCUGGGACCUGGUGAAGCAGCUGCCCCUGCACCACUCCGGAGAAGCCAUCCAGCGUUUGUUGGAGCUGAUCUCCUCCAAGCUCUCCUGCACCAAAUAAAAGCCUUUGUCUGCCAGAGCCAGGCCUGAGCUCUGGGGAUCUCUUU